GGUUCAACACAACCCAAGUAGUAAAUGUCGUUAGUUUAUUUUGUGGAUUCUUAACCAUUUUUGCAGGAGUAUUCCUGCUUAAUACAGCGAGGCGCAAUGAGGGAAUAUUAGAUAAAUCGGUGCAAAAUGGAAAUACGAUAAUAUUGUCAUCAAUUCCAGAAAGGCACGAUUCUCUAAUGAGCAGCAGAGAUGCAACGUUGUUUUCUUAUGAAGAAGAAAGCUUAGGUCUAACACAAUUAAAUAAUGAUCCGUCAGAUUCCGAUGAGGAAUAA